UUAUGGUUGUAGGGCUCAUGGAGGACGACGGGGAGGAGAUCGACUACCCGGAGAUUACUCGCGGCGGCGGCGGCGGCGGCGAUCAAUCGCUCCCGACGUGCGUGGUUUGCAUCGAGACCCUGGGGCGCCAUGGCGGCCCAGCCUCGCUACCCUGCGGCCACAAUGGAUGCCUCCAGUGUCUCCAAAAGGUCCAGAGACACUCGCAAUCGCCGCUUUGCCCUGUCUGCCGGACGCCAUUCGAUGCCGAGAUGAAUUUGGGGCCGAAUUUGGAGCUCAAGGAAGCAAUUCGCCAGGCACACGCAAGGAAGAUGGAUAGAAGCUCAGGUACGCCACCGAAGGAGGAGGGGGUCUAUCCGAAAAUCCACCAGCAGCACCAGCAGCCAGCACCAGAGAUCACUAUAAGGAAUCUCUUCGCUGGUUUGUAUGCGAUUGUCACGGGGGCAGCGAGCAAGAAGAGCAGUGGUAGCAGUGAUCGUCGCAGGGCAGAGGCAGAAGAUGGUCCUCCGGAGGAUUUAUGGGGGAGUGUCUUGCUACCCAGCGCUCCUCCACUUUUCUCCUCCAGCGCUGUUGACGAUGUUAGAGCGACCAAAACUCUGCUCGAGGCCGAGCCUCCACAGUGGCUUCCAGACAGCUCCGCAACGUCGUGUAUGCAGUGUGAUGCAAGCUUCCGGCCAGUGACUUGUGGAAGGCACCACUGCCGGUUUUGUGGAGGGAUUUUCUGCCGCUACUGCUCCAGGGGCCGCUGCUUGCUGCCGAUGAAGUUCCGAGAGCGAGAGCCUCAGCGGGUCUGCGAUGCUUGCUACGAGAGACUGGAGCCAGUCCAGAGAAUUUUGGUGGAGCGAGUGAGCAAUGCCUCUCAGGUGGCGACGCACGACGUGACGGAUUUUAGCUGCAUGAGAAGCUGGCUCAACAGCCCCUUGGGCCUCUCGAUGGAGCAGGAGAUCUACAAAGCUACAAACGCUUUGCGAAGCUAUGCAAAGUUUGGAGGCUUGAAACCUGAGAAGGCAAUACCCGAAAAGGUGCUGAGAGGCGCCAAGGGAGUGGCAGUGUUAACCAUCGCGAAAGCUGGCGUUGUUGUCACGUAUAAGCUUGGAACGGGACUCGUGAUCGCGAGGCGUGAGGAUGGGACAUGGUCGGCUCCUUCUGCGAUUGCUUGUGCCGGGCUUGGAUGGGGAGCUCAAGCAUGUGUUCUAUCAUUUCUCGUUUUCUCUCUUGUGCUAACAGGACUCACUUUCCAGAUGGGAGGAGAGCUCACGGACUUCAUACUCGUUCUUCGUAGCCCCGAGGCUGUGAGGGCCUUCAGCGGACGAAUCCAUUUCGCUCUGGGAGCUGAGCUGAGCGCCGUCGCCGGUCCCGUGGGACGACUCGCGGAAGCUGAUGUUCGAGCUGGCGACGGUGGCACUGCUGCUUGCUACUCCUACAGCUUAAGCAAAGGGGCGUUUGUGGGGGUCUCGGUCGAAGGGAGCGUUGUGACGCGAAGAUCCGACACGAACGCUCGUUUCUAUGGCGAUUCUUACGUGACAGCCGCAGACAUUCUCUCGGGAGCUUAUCCAGCGCCAAGAGCAGCGUACCCAUUAUACGAAGCUCUUCACGAUCUCUUCUAUUGAAAAGCUGUGCAUAGGUAGUAUGUAAAUGGUGUUCUUUGUAAAUACACGCAAGAUUUGUUCUAUGGGAAAA